AUGCGUGUCCUGCUGCCGCUGCUGGGAGCUCUGCUCUGCUGCCCGGCGGUGUCCUCUGAGGUCGUACCCCAGGCCGACUUCAACGUGCAGGCGGUUGCGGGGAACUGGUACCUGAUUGGGUUUGCCACCAACGCCCAGUGGUUUGUGAACCGCAGAGCCAGCAUGAAUGUGGGCGUCGCCAUUUUGACCCCGACUGCCGACGGGGACCUGGAAAUAUCCUACUCUAGUCUCAGCGCUGACGGCUCUUGUUGGAGACUGAACCACCUGGCGAAGAAGGCCGAGGUGCCUGGAAAGUUCACCUACACAGGCUGGGGGAGAGUGAACGACCUGUACAUGGUGGAGGUCAAGUACGACGAGUACACCCUGACUCACACCGUGAUGAGGAAGGACGGCAAUUCCACCGCGGUCAUCAAUCUCUACGGCCGUGCCGUGGACCUCAGAGCGGAUCUGCUGGAGAAGUUCAAGCAGUUCUCCUUGAAGGCCGGCAUCCUGCCCGAGAAUAUUGCCUUCCUUCCUAAGAGUGCCGAGUGUCCAGCUGCUUAGCGUUCUGAGGAAUAUUCGACAUCAAUCAAGAUCAUCAGCUCCGUUUAUCUUCUCUCUCAAGAUGUUGUAUGAAUAAAAGUCUCCAAGGCAAUAAAAACGUGACGUAAAGUUU